GUGUGUCGAUAACUCUCACACACACCGAUAGAUAUAUACGUUUUCGUAUAAGCUGCAAUAAUAUACGUAGUAUAUAUACGGCAGCCCCUAGGCCGGGCAGGACGGAAUUGAAUACACACUUCUCUCGUCUCAUUUCACUCCGAUCCGCCAUGGCAGUUAUCAAAGCUCUCCACACCACUUUUGGGGUUUUUGGUAGAGAAGAAGCUGCUAAUUCCGUUAUUAUUCUUUCAUCAUUUCUUAAACAUUAUUUCUUUUAAAAGGUGCAACAAUAAUCGAUCUCUGUUUCUGGAACAGGGAACAUUACUGGCUUGUUUUUGUUCUUGGCACCAAUGAUUACUUUCAAGAGGGUGAUAAAGAAGGGCUCAACUGAGGAGUUUUCAGGGAUACCGUAUGUUAUGACGCUGCUCAAUUGCUUGCUCUCUGCCUGGUACGGACUGCCGUUUAUAUCCCCAAACAACAUUCUGGUGUCAAUCAUCAAUGGAACGGGGGCGGGGCUGGAGGCAGUGUAUGUGCUGGUUUUCCUCUUCUUUGCACCCAAAAAGGAAAAGGCGAAGAUCUCAGGGCUAUUGGCUGUGGUGCUCACUAUUUUCUCAUCAGUGGCCUUGGUGUCUGUGCUUGCCCUUCACCACAAUGCCAGGAAACUCUUGUGUGGUUUUGCUGCCGCAAUCUUUUCCAUCAUUAUGUACGGCUCGCCCUUGUCCAUCAUGAGGACGGUGAUUAAGACGAAGAGCGUGGAGUUUAUGCCCUUCUUCUUAUCGAUGUUUGUUUUCCUAUGUGGUACUUCAUGGUUCGUCUAUGGUCUCCUUGGCAAGGACCCUUUCGUCGCGGUGCCAAACGGUGUGGGAUCUCUAUUGGGAAUGGUUCAACUGAUUUUGUACGCUAUAUAUCGCGAUAACAAUGGGAAAGACAAGAAAGCCACUAAUGAUGCUUCUAUUGAAAUGGGGGUUGACAAUAAACCCAAGGCUCAAAAUGGAAUUGCAUAAGUUUUGAGCUUUUCCUUUAGGCAACCCAUGGUCGCAUGCAAGAAUGAAUCGGCCCAGUCAACCAACAAAAAGAAAAAGACAGAAUGCAAAAAUGCAUGGUUAUUUUCGUCAUUGUAAUAUUUGCAGAAUUCCAAGUAUAUGCCUUUUAAUUUUUUGUUAGUUUAUUCUAAUUUGUAUAUGCUAUAUUUCCGGUCUAACAACUGGUCUUAAUCCUACUUGUGUUUACGUUCGUGCAAUUGUCUGAAGUGGAAGUUCGGUGGUGAGUGAAGAUUUCUUUGAUAAAAUAAUACUCUCUCCCUCCCUAAAAGGAUCGACAAGUUUGACUGACACGCAGAAUUAUAAAGUAAAAACUGUGCGGUAGAGAUUUGUGCAGAAGAGAGAAAAACAACCUGAGCCACGAAUUGAUUGACUAAAAGGGAAAGUGAUAAGGUUUUCGAGACAACCAAAAAAGGAAAGUUGAAAAAGUUAUAAGGGACGGAAGGAGUAACAUUUUAAGAAAGAAAAUUACUCGUAUAAAUGUAAGAUAUGAACCAUGAGUGAAGAACACGGUUUUGUUCUAAAUUUCACGAACAAAAACUAUCAAAUUAGUAGGAUUAGAGCCAAGGCAAUUAAAAUAUACUCGCUUUAUUUCACACAUUUUAAGAAAGUUAGAUUGAUUCACUUGAUUGGUACUGUUUGGAC